UCAAGUCAACGGGAAACAUUGAGCAGAGUGCCAAUCAAAUUCUCGGUAUAUAUUUUGUCGAAAUGACGACCUUAGUGAGAAAAACCUUGUUAUGCACGCUAACAACAACCUAGACAGCUUUCAUUGUCCUAUUACCAUAGUCACUUUGCUGCAUUGUCUGCUGGUACUAAUUGGCGUACACUAAAGAGGCCAGAAAGAAAUUCUACACAAAUAUCAAGGUUUUUCAAACAAUACGUUUAGAGUUAUUAAAAAUUUACGAUAUUUGGAUAUAUCUGCCAGUUUCCUGUUCUUUUAAUUACAUUCGUUAAUAUCUCGCAAGCAGGGAGCUCUUACUUUGAACACGGCAGAGACUACGUUCUUGGGCCAUGCCAAUUGAAGUAUUAAAAAAUAUAACUAGGUAUGUCAGUUUGUCACUGAAAUAUGCUGAGUAGGACAGGAAGAAAGAGCUUCCAAGAAGAAAUACAUGCGAUAUUGUAUGCAGUGCAUUUUUAGUUUAAUUGGUCCAUGUUUUACUGGCAGUCCUUUCUCUUACCUUUUAUGUUUACGCCAGAGCAGACAAGCAUAACGUUGGAAGCGUAUUAAGUGCCUGGGUAUCAGUAACGUUGCGUUUCUGAAACUGGUUUAGACUGUUUGACGAAAGGAAAUGGAAAUACAAUGAACAACACUGGAAACAAUACUGGGAGCGUCCCGAGAAACAUGUCCAACGAUUCUUGUGAAGCCGAAAUGGAGAACUCCGUGGAAAAAGUCAUCAAUAUUAUUGGGUACACAGUUAUCAUUUUGGUGUCCAUUAUUGGCAAUCUUCUACUGAUAUGCACCGUGAAAAGGAACAGUCGAUUUAAUACCAUAACGUAUCGCCUGAUCAUAAACAUGGCCGCCGCAGAUGUCUUGGUUACCGUCUGCAACAUGCCUGGAAGACUGGCCAGGCAGAUAACAGGAAGAUAUCACUGGUUUGAUGGGAUAGUGGGUGUUAUCGUGUGUAAGUCGGCAAGUUUCAUUUCCGACUCAACCGUUUCGUGUUCAAUUUUAACAUUGACAGCAAUCGCAUUUGAGCGUUUUUGUCUGGUUGCAUUCCCUCUCAAGAAGAUCAUAACCAUAAAAAUCGCGAAAUUCAUGAUUCUUGCCAUUUGGCUAGCAUCAUUCUUGUCUGUGUCCCCGCUGCUGUACGCCAUGAGGAUCCAGAAAAUAAACGGAGUUAUCUACUGUUAUGAAGACUGGUCACCUUUAUUUGACCAGGAAACAGCUGCCAAAGUCUAUACGGUAAUUAUGUUUGUGGUGCUAUACGCUUUACCAUUACUUAUCAUUUGCGUGUUUUACUCGUGCGUCGUGUACAAGAUCUGGAUUCGGCCUGUACCCAUCGCCUGUCGUUCAAACAGGGCCGGAGAGAUUGACGCGAGGAAAAAAGUUCUUCAGAUGUUGAUCAUUGUGGUGGUAGUGUUUGCACUGUGCUGGCUUCCAUUACACAUUUCUCUUUUUCUUUAUUUUUUUCAAACUGAAGAAUACUUGUGUGGAAUUCCACAAGGUGGAUUUAGCAUCGGAUCAAUUGGUCUUUUCCUCAGCCAUGCUACGUCAGCGAUAAACCCCUGCUUGUACGUGGCGUUCAACAAGGAUAUCCGCAAAGGAUUUCGAAGCAUAUUGUUAUCUUGCUGUUACACCUGUAAUAGGUGGCAGAAUUAACCAUGUCAAAACUAAACGGAAUGAUUGCAGAGGCAAACCAAAGGCCGCUAUUGUUAGCUCUCUCAACUGACUACCCGGGAAAAGAAAGAUCGAGGCCAGACAAGGAGAUAGUCUGAAGCGUGUAUUUUCCUUAUUAAUAAUAUAAAUGAAAAAAUUACUCGAUUCUGAUUGGCUGAGAGCAGUGCAGUUCAAGUGUAACACAGUGCAAAAAGUGUAACGCAGUGCAAAAGGUCUAACACCACUG